AUGUCGAUCGAAGGUUUUAUUAAAAACUAUCAUUUCAUUAGGUAUGACAUUGGAUCAAAUCAAUCUACAUCUUCAUCAUUAACAUCAAAUGCUUCAAUAUCAAUUCCAACCGAACUUCAAUUAUGUGCUGCAACAAGACGUCGUUCACUUGUUUUCUAUAGUUGGUUUCCUCAACAAAAAUCUUUUAAAGAGAAUAAAGAUUUACGUGGUGCUUUUGAUUUGAUUGAUACUCCACGUGCCUUAGCAUUAUCACGUGAAAAAAUCUGUAUUGGUUAUAGAAAAUCCUAUGUUAUUAUGAGUCUUACAACUGGUAUGAUUAUUAAUGAAUUAACAUUUACAAUGGCACAUGAACCAGUUAUUAAUUGUCUUCAAGAUCGAACACAAUGGUGUAUACAAAUGGAAUCAAAUACUGUAUUUUUGAAUUCUAAUUUUGAACCAUUAUAUGAAAAUGGUAUCACAUGGAAAGAUGUUCCAUCCGCUAUUGUACAAGCAAGUCCAUAUGUAUUAGCAUUAAUGAAUCAAUCAAUUGAUGUUUGUACAUUUAAUGGUUCACAAGCAGUACCUGUUCAACAAAUUUCACAUAAAGGUUCCACAGCAAACGGAAAAUGUCGUUUAUGGAUGGAUGCUCGAACUGAAAGAAUUUAUGCUGCAACAGCAACUGAUGUUAUGGUAGUUGAACCAAUACCUGUUAAUAUACAAUUACAAAAUUAUAUCGGUAGAUAUAGAUAUGAUUUAGCUUUAAUUCUUAUUCGAGCUGUACUUGGUAUAUCUGUAUCAUCACCAAUGCAGGAACAAUCAAGAACAAAUGAUGGUCAUGCAAAAGGAAAGAUAGACACAUCUACAAUGCCUAAACAAGUAACAUUUGGAAAUAAUGAACAAUCAUUAAAUAAAGUAAUUAAUUAUCAUAUACAUAAAUAUUUAAUAUGA